AUGAAGCUCACUACUUUAUGCGACGUUGACCAGAAACAUCACCGCGAGCCGACAUGCACCUACGCAGACUCGCCGACGCCGUCCUCUCCUUCCAAGGAACUGCGCGCUCUCUCCCCAGCGACGGAGCACCCCGCCGAGGAUAGCGGCGUAUCUGUCAGCGGGGGGUUAGGCGGGUUGGCGACGCCCAGCAGCUCACACGCAGCUUCAUAUUCCGUUCCGUCGCCCGAACCUUCCGACUUGAAACUGACCAAGUCCGGGACCGGCUUUAAAGACUCGACGCACUGGACCUCUGUCCUGAGCGGCGUGACGGAGGCGAAGGCGCGGGAUGAUUCGGCCGGCGCGAUCCAACCCGAGACGACGUUUGAUGACGGGCUGCCCUCGCUGGAGCAGAAUGUCCUGCUCUUCGAGGGGUGCAAGCACCCUACCGACCAGGAGCUCUUCGCCUCGAUGCCGCCGAGGAGAGAAGCCGACGGCCUGGUCGCAUUCUACUUCCGAGCUCAGGAGUACCGAUCUGUGAUACAUCCCACUGAGUUCUUGAAGAGGUACAAUGCCUUCUGGGAGAAUCCCAGUGCUACGUCCGUCACAUGGCUCGGCCUCUUGUACAGCAUCUUCUGCCUCACGAGCCAAGUUCAGUGUCAGGAGAGCUUGCGCUCGCGAGCACAGAGCAAUUCCUCCUCCGCCUGGUCACCGCCAGCCACGUACCAGAUCCUGGACUAUCGAGAAAAGGUGGUGCAGUGCCUCGUCCGAGGCCAGUUCGCCAAGGGUGGUCAUGACAUUAUGGAAACCCUGGUCCACUAUUGCUUGAUCGAGAACUAUCUGAACAGGGACUCCAACAUUGGGGUGUGGCUCUUGAUGGGCAACAUUGUCCAAAUAGCUAUCCGCAUGGGCUACCAUCGAGAUCCGCAGCACUUCAAGUCCCUCUCCCCGUACCAGGGCGAGAUGAGACGACGCAUGUGGGCCAUGAUAUACUCGCUCGACAUAGGCUUCUCGACCCAGAUGGGCCUCCCAGGCAACAUCAAGCACUCACUCAGCGACACGAUGCCACCUCGGAACCUCCAGGACCGAGACUUUGACGCCAGUUCAACCGAGCUGCCGCCGGCGAGGCCCAUUGACGAGCUCACCUCGAGCACCGUAAUCCUCGCCAAGCUCCACCUCGCCAGCAACAUGGGCGUCGUGUCCGACAUGGUCUGCAAUCCCUUGCCGCUGUCGUACGAGGACCUGGUCGCGGCGAACACAAGGCUCGAUGUGAUGCAAGCGACCAUGCCCGACCCUUGCAAGUUCCGCCCCUUGUCCGAAUCUCUGCUGGACCCCCCGCCCGUCGUAUUUCAGCGUAUAAACUUUUACAUGCACUACCAAAGGGCCCGCAUCCUCAUCAACUGGAAGUUCCUCGGCACCGCCAAGGACACGGCCCAGAGCACCCACUGCUGGAGCAUCGUCAUGGAGGCGACGCUCGAGAUCAUGCGGCUGCAGCACCUCAUGGCGGAAGAGUCCAACGUCCUGGAAGCGCUGCGCCCCACGGGCAUGGUCGACUCGUGCUUCAUGAACAACGGCUACUUCCUCGCCGCGAGCAUCGCGUGCUUCCUGCUGCAGCAUCGCAAGGAGCGCCUGUCCGCCCAGGACCUGUGGGAGGUGCGCGGCCUGCUGGAGAAGAGCCUGGCGAUUUGGAGCCGCACGAAUGACUUGUCGAGGGAGGCGAGCAGGGUGGUUACGGCGCUGAGGGUCGUGCUGGAGAAGCCGGAGGAGCCUGGUGCGCGGAUGGAUACCCGAACGGAGCCUCGAGGAGGCGGAGAUUCCUUCGGUAGAAGUCAGGUGUCGGCUUCUAGUUUCGCUUCCUUCUUUGAGGACCUGCCUUUGAUGAUGACGGAUGUUGACACUGCGUCGUUUCCUUCACUGCCCUCGAUACCCAUGAUAGACUACUGGCCGCAUGUGGACAGGAACAGUUAG